GCAUUAGAAGACCAUCUUCGGUGGCAUCAAGGAGCCACCAAUGAACAAAGAUGCGGAAGAGAACAGGUCAGAAGUGGAGGAGGAGAUGACUGUCCCUCUUGCAUUGAAGAGUGGGGUUGUCGAGACACUUCAACGAUUCACCCUGGUUUCCGGAUAAGUUCCUCCGCCCCAGCUCAGUGCCUCCCUGGCCCCUUGCCUCUGGGUCCGCCGCUCCACCUGGGGACUCGGUCCAUGGCCUCAGACAGCCGCCUGGCUCUCUGACCCUGAGCCUCUGCUCAGUUUCGGCGGGGUCUGAUCCAGGACCUCUCAGAGGCAGUAUCCCUCCAACCACGCUCUCAGUCAGGAGAGCAGAGAUGUGGCUGGCGUUGGCUUGAUCGCCGCCCGAUAGUCUCUUUUCCCCCUAAAACUGCUACCACCCCUUCAGCAGGAGGAUUCUGGGCUAUUUGGGAUGUUUUCUGAUCAGGACUAGCCCUCAGGAAGUGGAUUGAGAAAAAAAUUAAUCCCCAUGACCACUUCUGGCUUAUUCUGACGGUUGGAAUGACCACUCGUUUAAGCUCCAACACUCGACUCCCUCUCCCCUCCUGCCCUACCCAUCAGUCUUCCCGCUACAUUUCUCCCUUUAUUGCCCUCCCACUGAUUUUCCCAUCCUGCCUUCUCUUCAGCCUCCUGUCUGUGCCUGUUCUUCUCUCACCCCGGCAAAGACAUUUCUCCCAAACUUCACUUGCGGGGUGGGCGGGGAGGGGGUGGUCAUAAGCUGCACUCUGUCUUCUCAGAACUCCCCUUAAGCAGCUAAGAAAUGUGUGGGUGAAAUGCAUCUCACUGCCCAAAGGUAGGGGUAUCAGAGACCUCCCACAGGUGACAGAGAUAUAACCUGUCUCGCUCCUCUCGCCUGGAAAAUUCCAGCCACUUGAGAUGUUCCCCUGGCUGGGUUUAUGGUGGCAGGUUUGUUUAUCCAGCCAGGCUUGUAGUUAGAUGAUUUACUGCCCCGGCAUUCAUUCCCAACCUGGAACCAAAUGUCACAUAAUUAAACAUAAUAGUAUGCCAGCCAAGGACCCAAGUGGCUGGGUUAAAUCAAUUAGGUGCUCAGAGAGUACUGUACGCUGGAUUCAGUGUUUUGGUGAAUACACAGCUUCCCCUGGCAGGGACCCGUGGAGCAGAUGACAAUCUAGGGUUUAUGGUGUGGAGAGACUUUUCUGGUGCUAAUAUUUCUCUCUCCGCUGUACCUCAUGGCAGCCCUCUCAUCUGCAUCUGCUCCUUGGCAGGAGUCUUUGAUGCCACAAGGAAAGCAAAUGUGGAGGCUGAUUUCAGGGCUGAUGUAGCAGUUUUCCAGCCCUUUUCCGCCCCUGCAUUGUUCUGUAAUUGGUACCCUAAGCACACGAUUGUUCCACUUCGGGCCCCGCGUCCCCAAACUUCAUGGAUGGUAAACUCUCAACAACUCAUCCUUUGUCCUUUUUCACAUUGCUUUCAGCACCCUGCCAGGGCAAGGGAAUUAAAUUGAUCCUUUUCACUCACAGGGAGCCUCCCUUUCCCUCCCCUCCUCAAGGCUUUGCCACAGGCUAGGAGUGUCUCUCCUAAUGCCAUGGGGCAACAGUGGCGGGGAGACCCGGAACCAGGAACCCCUCUCCCUGGGUCUAGGGGCAAAAGACAGAGAUGUUUGGCUGAAGAAACCAGGCCAAUGUGCUUAAAAAAGUCCUGUCUGCCUGCCUGUUAGCCAAUCACUCGAUUGUAUUUAUUAUGCUGCGUACUGUGUGCAGAGUUCUGUACAAGCACUUGGGAGAAUAUUAAGCCCUCAAGGAGCUUACAAUUGUUUCCUAAAUCUCUUCUCCUCGUCUCACACAGGUUUAUGCUUAAGAUCCUUUAGUCCACCAAGUGGAAGAAUUUUGUAAAAUUCCUCUGAGGCCUCCAAUACGAUGGUUAUGGAAGAUGUUUUCAUAGAGAUAUCGUUCUUCUUGGGACUUUUCAAAACUGUUGACUGACCAAAAUAUGCACUGUGGAAAGUGUAUUUCUGAAACCAAUUAUGGACCAAAUUUUUUCAUCCAAAUUAUUUUCAUUCUACUGUCCCUUUAAAAUUAUGCAUGGGAAUGUUUAAUUCUCAUUUUGUUUGCUUGAAUUGGUUUGGUUUCAUGUUUCUUUCUAUGCAUUUUCUUUACAUGGUAUUUUUGUUUCCAUUAUCUGAAUUCUGUUAUAGUAGAAACCCCUAGCCCUUGGUAGCUAGAAAAUUAGUUUUGUUUUAGCAACAAAGUAGCUCUUUAAAACAGCCUUGAAACAGUUUUCACUAAGAAGUAGCUGUAGCUUCUACCAAAAGAAUAGUCUCAUAUGAGUAAUUUUGACAGGAACUCUUCUAAGAAAAUAAAAAUGUUUAAAAUCAUGGCUAGAGUUCAUGUGUGACUCUCUCCAACAAACUACUAAAGUUCUUUCUAACGAAUGAUUUUUCUGCUGGUUCCCAGUUAUGUUUAAUUGUCCUGGUACAGAAAUCCAGUUCAGCUUCUCUAACGGCGGAACGUGUUCUGCAUAAGAUUUAAAAAAACAAAAAGCAACAGUUCAUUUGCCUUGGAUGCAGAAAUUCCAUCCAUCGUCUCGGAAUCUGAAACUAAAGUUUAAUAUUGCACUGGUGGGGGCAGAUGUGUUUAGCUACCAACCAAUCAGGUUAUCCAACUCAGCCACUGCCUCCCCCAUAUGUAUACCCCUGACUCUCUAAAUUCCUCCCUUUGCAGCAGUGUCUGAAGACCUAUACUCCCCAGACUCAGCAGCUCCUUGACCCCAGCAGGGAAUUGAGUUCAGAUAAUAACAAGGAAAGUAUUAUUAAGUCUAUGCUUUGUACUUUGAACUCAUCCAAGAUGGUCAAGUGAAUCCUAUAGAGCCAACCAAGAAAUCCAGUAUGGAAAAGAAAGCUCGUGCAGUUCUGCUGUGAAAGAAUGGUGAUAAUCCUCUCCACCUCCCAAGUUCCAGCACUGGGGACCCAUCUGUCAUGGGACAGCUUAAAGGGUCCCAGAGCCUGCAGCAGCAGCUAUUCCUGCUACCCCUAAGGGAGAAAAGACACAUCACUCAGUAGCCAUUUUAAAUAACAAGGUAAUAGGUUGAUUCCUUCAACAAGAACAAGAAGAGCAAUAAUUGGAGGUAUUUUUAAGGACCAUUUUUCUAGUUUAAGCUCCAUUAGCUAUUUGAAUAAUGGAAUUUUCUAGGGUAAACACUGUGAUUUCCAGGAAGCUAAAUUUUGAUUUUCCUAUUAUUGGUAAAUGUAUGUCCUUCUUCCCCACCCCACUCCAUCUCUCGUCCUCCUCCUCCUCCUCCCACAUCUUUGAGGGCAAUUAUCCCAAAGAAUUUAAGCCAACUCCAGCUGUGGUUGAUGAGCCAGAUGUGUGUGCGUGUUUCAGCUAAGGAGUUCAAGUCGAACGGCAAACAGGUCACACCAGCUUUUCCAGUUUCACUUUCCCCAGUAGGAAGUCCCAAGUAAAGAAAACACACAGUCGGUUCCCAGUGUGCGAGAGAUCACUUCCCCGGCACUGUGGAGCCCGGAGAAGAUGACCUAGGAGAGUUCCCCACCUGGCGGGGCCAGCCGACCGGACCGAAACCCUCUUGGCUACCGGUUCUGGUCCAGCGGAUCCUUAUGAGACAACAGCAUCGUGCCGCUUGUCUGCUCUCCGGAAGAGAUGGAGCCUUUCUUAAGAAAGAGGCUGACCUUCCUCUCCUUCUUUUGGAAUAAGCUUUGGCCUACAGAAAUCCCUGAUGACUGUAUUCCCAGGUAUCCGGGGCCUGAUCCAGUCACGAUGGACCUCGAUCCGGACCCCGAUCCUGUCUCCUCCCAGCCUGGCAGCCCCUCGUCCACUGUUCUCUUUACAGCUCUAUAUGACUUCACGGCCAGGUGUGCGGAUGAGCUGAGUGUGAAUCGGGGAGACAAGCUCUUUGCCAUUAAGGAAGAGGGGGACUAUAUCUUCGCCAGGAGACUCUCAGGGAGGCCCAGCACUGGACUGGUCCCCAUUAAUUAUGUAGCCAAGGCAACUCAUGAGUCCUUCUCCACCCAACCCUGGUUCUUCGGCGGGAUCAGCCGCAGUGAGGCCCAGCAGCUCCUGCUUUCUCCCUCCAAUCAGCAUGGCGCCUUCCUGGUGCGGCCCAGCGAGAGCAGCAGAGGGGACUACUCGUUGUCAGUCCGCACCAAAGCCAAAGUCUGUCACUACCGCAUCUCCAAGGCUCCUGAUGGGGGUCUCUACAUCCAGAAAGGGCAGGUCUUUCCCAGCCUGGAGGAGCUGCUUGCCUUCUACAAAGCAAAUUGGAAAAUCAUUCAGAAUCCCUUGCUUAAACCCUGCAUCCCAGAGAGGCCUCCCGAACGGGAUGAAUGGGAACGACCUCGAUCCGAGUUUGCCCUCCGGAGAAAACUUGGAGAAGGAUAUUUUGGAGAGGUGUGGGAAGGACUGUGGCUGAACAUGGUGCCGGUAGCCAUCAAGAUCAUAAAGCAAGCGGACAUGAGGCUCGAUGACUUCACCAAAGAGAUUCAGAACCUAAAGAGCCUGAAACACGAGAAGCUCAUCAGGCUGCAUGCAGUCUGCUCCAUCGGGGAGCCUGUGUACAUCGUCACAGAACUCAUGAGGAAAGGAAACCUCCAGAACUACCUCAACAGUCCAGAAGGGAAAACCCUGAGUCUGAUUCACUUGAUGAGUAUUGCCUGCCAAGUGGUGGAGGGUAUGACGUACCUGGAGGAGAAACACAUCGUGCACCGCGAUCUGGCAGCCAGAAACAUCCUGGUGGGAGACGAUCUUACUUGCAAGAUUGCAGACUUCGGCCUGGCGAGGCUUCUCAAGGAUGAUAUUUACUCUACAAGCAGCAGCACCAAAAUCCCAGUGAAAUGGACAGCCCCCGAGGCAGCAAACUACCGGAUUUACUCCCAGAAAUCAGAUGUCUGGUCCUUUGGGAUUCUCCUCUAUGAAGUUUUCACUUUUGGGCAGUGCCCAUAUGAAGGGAUGACAAACCAAGAGACUAUCCAUCAGAUAACAAGGGGCUACCGCCUACCCCGCCCCAACACCUGCUCUCCCGAAGUCUACGUCAUCAUGCUGGAGUGCUGGAAGGCCAAUGCCGAAGAACGGCCCACCUUCUUCACCCUGAGAGAGAAGCUCAACUCCAUCUACAGACGAGUGUAUCACUCGUUCACAUGACGAGAGGUGCUCGUCCCAUUCCCGGACUUCCUGUGAGGCAGAGGACCUUAGUUCACUCCCGGAGCAGAAUUACAGUGGGCCUUGGACUGUUCUCAUUCUCGUGGUCUGACCCAUCCCUGUGGUUUGAUGGAAUCUCAUGGGUUACACCUGACUUCUGUGGUCCAUGCCCAGAGAGCUCUUAGAGAGGAUAGAGCUGGUCUCCCCUCCCAUUUGUUGUGGAGAGAGGUCUUGCUUCCGAUCACCUGGGGCACGUUGCUUCCAGGAGAUUACAUCAUGUAAAUACUGUAUAGAAAAGAUCUAAGCUGCUGUAGAUAUAAGAGAACCCGCAGAUCGUGGCAAGAAGUUCACUCAUGUGCAUGUCCAGGUAGCUAACUUGCUGUUUUUCUGAGUCCAAACAAUUCCCCAAAAUUCAGAUGUGUAGAUAUACCUGGCCUUCAUAUUCAAAGAUGUCGCUACAGAUGGUGAACUUUCUUCAUAUGAAUGGAUGUGACUGAAAAGAUGGAAGCAUAACCAGAGUCAGGCAUAGCGUACAGCAUUUGUGGGCCUCAUGGGUCAUUCUUUGCCUUUGCUCUUUCGCAGCACCUGGUGCUGUUUUCGUUUCUACCUUCUAGUGCAGACAUUUAGGUUUCUGGAAGCCUCUGCUCAGAAAGAGCCAUCCCCGCUCUUGAUUGUUGCGUGCCAGGGUGGUCUGUGCUCUGCCAUUUACCAAAAACGAUUGUCUCCCCAAGGUUCACUGCUACUAUUUUGCACCAUUUCAGGUGGAGGUGAUUCAACAGCUUAAUUACUCAGUGAGAUAGGUCUGUUGCUUUUCCAGCUACCGGGCUAUUGAUCUAUCUGCCUGUGUACCCACCUAUUAUGAUAUUUAGAGAGAUAUUUUUUACUUCUGAUGAAACUACUAAAGUUCAGUCAUACACAAUUGUCAGGGUUUUAUCAUUUGAAGCAUGCUAUUUCACUGUGGGAGGAAUGUCAUUUGGACUUUCAUUUUGUCAAAAACCACUACAGUUUCACUGAAGAGGCGAGAAACUAUUUAAAAUUUACCAGGAAAGUCUACAGAAGAACAAAGCAUGUUGGCUACUGAAUGGGGCAGAUUUUUUAAAAUAAAAUAACUGUAAAUUAUUUAAUGAAUCAAAUAAGGUUGCUAUUUGUGGUCAUUUGUGUUCUAAGGGUUAAA